CAAUGUUUAAAUUAUUUUCUAUAAUAAGAUACAGUGAUAAUAAAAUCAUAUAAAUAAAUAAUUUUAUUUUAUUAGGUGUUUAUGUUAAUAUAUAUAUAUAUACUUCAUAUCGUUUAAAUUUAAUUUAUUUAUCAUAUACGAUAGAUAAGAUUGAUUGUUUUGAUUUAUUUAUUCUAAAAUGAUUGCGAAUAAACAAGAGCGAUCAUUUGAUUUACAUGUGCAAGCCAAUUUAUUACAUAAUAGUAACUGAUUUCUUAGUUAUUUAAUAUAUAAUUAUUAUUUUAUUAUUUCAUAAUAUGCAGAAAAAUAUAAAAUAAGUAUUUAUUCUGUACAAGGCGCAUAUCUUAACCUAAAUAUGUAUCUUUUUAAUAAUUUUGAAUCUUAAACAUUUUCUAAAUCUCAGUCCAAAAUAAAAGAAAGAAAUGAGAAUAAACUCAAAAAUUAAUUUUUAUAUCGAGUAAUAACCAAAAUGACACAAAAAGGAGAAAAUUAUCGAAGAUAGAUAGGAUUGACACGUGAACGUAAACUUUUCAUAACCAUAAUUAUCUUUUAAAUUUCUAAAUCAUGAUAUAAAACCGAGCUGACAUAGUUUCAUUGUAACCAAAUAGUACGCAUGAGAUUCUUCGGCCUAAACGUUAGGUUUUUAUGCGAUAAAUAAUUUUUUAACCUAAAAUAUUUUUAAUAAUGAGAUCAGCUCAUUAGUAAACAAAUCAUAUAAUUAACAAAAAAGUUUAAAAAAUUGUGUAAGAGCCAAAUAUAUUAAUUCGAUCAAUAUUAUAAUUUUUUUCCCUACAAUAUUUCUUAAAUAAUUUUCAUAUAAAUUUACCCUGCGUAUGGCGCAGGUCUUAUCCAAGUAGUAUUUAUUAAUAAAAAUAAAAGUGUCAGUGUCAAAUGUCAAUGUAAUUAGAAGAGGCGAGGGAAAUGAAAGGCGAACAUAAUCUAACACAAAAUCAAGAAAAAAUGGAGAGAGAGAAUCCCAUUCUCACCUAUACCUUUUAUAACUUGCACGUUUUGUGGAUCCCACACGUACUCACUCUCCCACCCUAUUAUAUAAUCUCCACCUCCUGAGACCCUCAUUUUUACAUCUCAAAACCACUAUUUUACAGAAUAAGAAGAAAAAAGAGAUGGGUAAUUAUCGGUUUAAGCUAUCGGAAUUAGUCCCUAACGCAUGGUUUUACAAACUGAGAGACAUGGGGAAAUCAAGGAAAAAGCAACAUAACAGCACGGUGUCUCUUUCUCCCAUCAAGAAACACCAGCCAGUUCCUACUCCUACUCCUACCACAGCACGCAGUCCUAGACUUCCUCUUCGUCGCUCGUCUUCUUACUAUGCAAGGCCCAGAAAGUCUGUCCGCAACCGCGCCACGACCGUCUCCUCUGCUCCUCCGAAGCAAGUCACUGAGUCUUUCUCACCACCCGAGUUUCGCUCUGAUCAACUACUCAUCCCUGAGGAGAGCUCCUCGCACAGCCCUUGCAGCAGCUGCGUUAGCUCCAAAGCCGCAACUCUUACGCCCCCUCCGGAACUCGAUCUCCAUCCGAUCAUCACCAAACCCACCACCACCGUGCGCAAAACGGCUGUGAGUACUUCUCCCGCGGGUGUGAGACUUAGACUGCGCUCGCCAAGGAUCUCCACGAGGAAAACUGCGAGCAGCGGCGGCGCACGGAUAGCCGGCACAUCGGCGACUGCGAGUUCGCGGCGGAGUAGGGCGGUGGUGAAGGCGUCGGUAGACCCGAGGAGAGAUUUUAAGGAGUCGAUGGAAGAGAUGAUCACAGAGAACAAGAUAAGAGAGUCCAAGGAUCUAGAGGAGCUUCUAGCUUGCUAUCUCUGUCUCAAUUCUGACGAGUAUCACCACAUUAUCAUCAAUGUCUUCAAGCAAAUCUGGCUUGAUCUUAAUCUUUCACCCCAUCUAUCUUUAUAAACAAUGACCAAAUAUUAUUUAUCUUCUUUACCCAUUAUAAUUAGUCCUUAAUCUAUAGUCUAUUAUAUAAUUUUGUUCUAUAUAACUAUAUAUUUUUAUCAUAUGCAUGGUUAUUAAUGUAUAUAUAGCUAGAGUAUAUAGUCUUGUACUUGUCUAAAGGUGGUGCCAUUCCUUGAAAUCUCAAGUACAGGGGUAUUUCUAUCCAAAUUGGUGCCUCUUCCUAUGAAUCUUACUUACUACUGCACGGACAAACAUGGUUGACACACCUACAUAAAGUGUUACUCUGUGUUCAAUUCAAUGUAGAUUGUUAUUAAUUACGCUACACAAUCAACUUUUCCAUUAUGAAUCAUAACUCCUUUUUUUGUCGUGACGUCCCUCAUGAACCUAUACAGAAGGUCUUCUAGAUUUCUACAAUGAAUCGGAACUUAUUAUCUUAAUUUACAUUCCAAUGUUCAAAAACAAAAACUAUACUAUAUAGCCUACGCUUAUUCAUAUGAUAUGUAGUUAAGAGUUAAAAGACAGAUAUGAUAGAGAUCACUAGUAUGCAAUUUAGCUAAACUCGACCUACGAUGCCGACAAUUCAUUAAAUCCGCAUCUGCCGUAUUUUCAGACCUAACUUUGGAUAUGUGCGUGCGUGUGCAUUUCUCAAUUUCACGUUUAUAUUUAUUUUAUUUAUGUGUUUAUUUAAUUGUUUUCACUAACAUCCACGUAUUAUUUUCUAUAUACUUUUAUAUGCAUGCAUACACACAAGAGUACGACAAGGAAGAAGAAAACAAAACGAUUUUGCUUUUAGUCAUGUAAGUGCCAAAGAAAACAAAUAUUCAAUUGGUCCCUUUGUUUACUUCAGUGAUGGGUGACAAAUGACAACAAUAAAUAAAAAAUAAGUAACAAAUAGACAAAAUCAAAACAAUAAGUUCAUUAGUGAUUUUUAUUACUACAAAUAUAUAUAAAAUAAUUAAUACUGUUUUUUCAUGAUUUCCACCUCAUAAACAUAUUUUAUAAUUAAUUAAAACUAUGACACAUUAUCAAUAAAUCAUUUGAUAAAAUUCAAUAAUGUUUACGUAUUUUAGAAUAAUGUUUACAAAAUUCAAUACAUAAGUUUCAGAAUCUAAGUUUGUUAAAACCUACAAAUAUAUAAUCAUAUGAAAACAAAAAUUGUUAUAAAAUAUUAAGACAAUAAGUCAAAUAAUAAUUAUUAAAUUUGAAUGUUUAAAAUGUAUUUAUACUAAUUUAAAGAUUAAAUCAUUAAAAAUCAAUAUAGAAAUUUAUUUAAUUACAUUUAAUUAUAAUAUAAAAUAUAAUCAAACUAUAAAAUAUCAGAUUCAUUUUGGUUUAUUUUAUUUUCUGAAAUAUAUAUUUUUGGUUGUGAACCAAGAAUAAUUAGUUUACUAUGAAUUGUGACUUUUUUGGCAUAAAUUUGUAUAGAUAAAAUAAAAAUGGAAUGAAUAUUACACUGAAUUUCAAAGCAACGACUCUGAUUAAAAGGUACUCAAAAUUCUUAUCUUUUUAAGUAUGAGAACACAAAAAAGAUUCUAAAGCUUUGUCGGGCAUGCGAGCAUAUACUACAAUUAUUUUUGUAAAUAAUAAAUUACCCCAAAACUUUCUUUCUCGCUUUUUUUUCCUUUUAAAUUAAUAAUAUAAAGUAAAUCUUCGAUGACAUCGAAGAACACACCAUUGCAGUUGCACACAUUUAACUUGGACUUUCUGGAUGUUAUUCUGGAUGUUAUUCAGCACACCAUUAAAUUAACAAUAUAAUGUGUGUGUGUGUUUUCUGGUGGUGGCCACCAGGGCCGGCUCAGUAUUACCAAGGGCUCCUGGGCAAAAAAAAAUUUAGGACCAUAUAACUAGUUUGUUUUGUUACUAAGAAUUUUUUGACUGAAGUAUGAGAACCUGCACGUAUUUUUGUUUGUAUAUUUUAACUAGAAAGGUAGAAAUGUCAUGUUUUUGUGCUGUCUAAAUCUAAAUAAAAUAUGUGAAUCUUUAGAAUCAAGACUCCUAAUAUUACUAGAGUUAGAGCAGGCCCGAGGCGGUCGCACCAGCCGCGCUCCCUAAUAAACCGUCCCUGGUGGCCACUGACCAGUGCUAUCUCCGUGUUACACCCUACUACUAUGAAUUUUCAAAUUUCAGCUCUUAAAAGAUUACGAUUAUAUAGUACUAAUUUUAUGAUUUGACUUUACACUAACAUAUCAACAUCCACUUAAUUAAUUACUUUUGUUUCUCGGUGAUGGUAAUAUAUUUCUCUUCAUAAUUAGUAUCCACGCCAAUAUUGGAAAUACUCAAAUGGUCAACUAAAGUAAUAAUCCCUUUGUACUAAAAAUGAAGGAGGGCAUUUUUGGUUAGAACUGCGACGUAUCAUAUAUUUGAAAUAAUAGACGAAAGUCGUUCUUAUAUUAUUUUCUUUGGUUACUUACCAGUUGGCAGUUAUCACUCGCUGGCUCCUUUUAAGAUAAAGUUGCAGAUAAUCCACAAGGCAGGACUUUCCUUUUUCUUGAAUUUUUUUAAAGUAGGACCAUUUCAUAAUUGGGUAAAUCUCAUUAAAAACCUUAAAAGUGACACGUACUUACACUUUAAACUUUGAAAUUUUUUUAUUAGUACUUUAAAUUUUCAAGCUGACAUAUAUCAUAAAAAAUCAUCAACUUAGCUUAUUUGUUCAUCAAGUAAAAAACUGACCUGUACAACAGGUAAAUGUGAUGAUGUGUCGAUUUAUUUUCCAAAAAAAUAAUUAUUUAAUCAAUAAAAUAAAUAAAUUAAAUAAAAAU